AUGAAGUCUUCACAUUCAAAUUCCCCAUUGGUUACUGGAAUUUCUCCACAUCAAGGUUCACCUGGAACACAAAUUACAAUUCGUGGUCAAAAUCUUGGCGAAGAUCCAAAUGAUAUUGUUGCCCUUAUUAUCUGUGGAACAGAUUGUUUAGCAACUGCCAAGUGGAAAUCUUCCUCAAAAAUUGUUGCUAGAUUGGGUGGUCAAGCAAAGCGGGGUGUUGGUGAUAUUUUAAUAGUUACUAGAUCUGGUGGGAGAGGACAUUCAGAAGUUCAGUUUCGUGUAUUUAUUGAACAAAUUGGCCCUCUUCAAGAAUCUAUAGUUUGGGUAGAUGAAUCUAAAACAGUUCCUGGACGAAAUUUACUUCGAAAUGUUGGCGAAACAAAUGAUAAUGAGGAUGCUUUAGAAUUGGGCGUUGACCCACAGAAGAAAUUGGAUCAUUCGACACUUUUAAAAUAUUUCCCAGAUUCUUCUGGAAGUAGAAAAAUGGAUAAUUUUAACCCUCGAUGGUAUUUGUUGGAGAACUACAAAAAUGCAAGCCUAUCGGACUUAAAACGCGGACUCAAAAACCUGGAAGAACGAAUCCAACGAGAAGACCAAUCUUCAAAACAACUACACAAAGCUAGUCUUUUCCCAUUAGUCAGCUGUGUCGAUGCUUUAGCCAAACUUCAAUCAAAAAUUCAACAACAAAAAAGAGCACAAAAAGAAGCUGGAGGUCAAUGGCCAACAACAAUAAAAUUAUCUGAAAAAUUAAAUUUGGCAAGGGAAACAGCAGAUCAACUAUUUAAAGAUGUUUUGGCGAGGAAAGAUGCUGCGGAUUCAACAAGGAAUGCUUUGUCUGUGCUAACACGUUUUCGAUUUAUUUUUUUCUUGGCUGAACAGAUUGAGGACAAUUUGGCGAAGGGUGAAUAUGCUACCAUUUUGAAUGAUUACGCUAGAGCAAAGGCACUUUUCAAAGACACUGAAGUUAGCUUGUUUAAAGAAGUAAUGGCUGUGCUUGACGAAAAAAUAGACAGACUUCGAGGAAUUAUCAGAAAACUUUUGGUUGAUAUAACAACUCCUUUUGAGGAACAAAGCCGCCUGAUAAAAUAUCUCAAAAUUUUAGAUCCCGAAUCUGAUCCAGCUUGGGAUUGUAUGAUGGCAUAUCACGGUUGGUUGGAAAGUAUGUUGUGGGAACUUCAAAGGCAAUUUCAUGCUCAAGAAGAGCAAUCACUUCUUCGAGAAGAUGCAAAUGCUACCUCUUCAAUUUCUUAUGAUCUAGAUACUCCCAGACCUCUUGGAUAUUUUCGUCAAGCAUUUGUUACAGAUUUGUUGAGUUUAUUAACAGACAAACUACACACAUUUUGGAAAAUUUCUCAAAAUUUUGCUGUGACUGGUUCUGGCACAACUAUUGCAUCCUUAUUGCCUGCUUCGCUUGCUGAAGCUACAGAGAUCCAGGAACGUCAAAUGGAUAUUGAUCAAAUGCUUGCCAAUACAAUAAACGUUGCUUCUUGGCUUUUAUUAAAUGCUCUAGUGCCUGGAUCUUUACCAGAAUCAGUAACAAAACAACAUACUGAUGAUCAAUUUGUUCAAUGGCCACCAAUAAAUUCAGCUGCUCAAUGGAAUGUUAUGUUUUCCUCGAUUAAAUUACUACGGUUUUUUGAAGAAAUUUCCUUAAAUUUUUUCGAAUUUUUUAGAAAUUCAAUAAAAGCAUUAAUUGAUUGUCAAUUAGCCAGGCAUCAUUUACAACCACUUUUUGAGCUUUGUACAACAGUUCGCUUAAAAUGUUUGGGAAUGCUGGUUGAAAGAGGGAAGGAAGCAAUUAUUGCACUCGGAACUCACGAAAAUUGGCGUGUUGAUUUAAUUGCUGAUGUGCCUAGAACUGCUUUACCUGACCGUUUUGAGGCUGAAUUAAAUGAAUUAUUGCCUGAUAUGAAAUGUAUUCUUUCUUAUGGAAAUUUUCCUGGCGAAACUGAUCUUUUUGUUAGGGAGAAGUGGAGACAUAUGAUUACUGAUUUAUUUACUGUUCUUUUGCUUGGAUUCCGUGAUUGUUGUGAUCAUUUACUUAAAUUAAAAAGCCAAAAAAGUCGUCAAAAUCAACAGAAAAAAAUUUCAACGCAAUCAACAUCUUCAACAAUAAAAUCAACACAAAGGCCCACAACUCUUUCAGCAGAUACUUCUUUAAUUUCAAAUGGAUCUAUUGAAUUAGAAGAAAAUAAUGAAAUGAAAAAUAUACAAAAACAAACAAUUUCUCAGGAACAAUUAAGUAGGCGAUUUUUAACAGUUAUUGCCAAUAUUGAAUUUUUACUUAACCAUUCUUUGUCGUCAAUAUGUCGUCGUUUGGGAGAUAAUGGACUUAAAUUUUCUGAGCAAGUAUUUAAACAUACAAAGGAUAAAUUAGUAAUUUAUCGUUCCUCAAUAUUAUCUCAUUAUAUAAAAAAUAAAUCAACACAAAUUCAUUCAAUUAUUGAAUAUGCAAAUUAUCAACAUUUACCAGAUGAUGAUGAUGUUUCUGAAUUUGUUAAAGAAUUGAUGCUUUGUACAGUUUUUGUUCAAUCAGAAAUGGCUUCUUAUUGUUAUAAAUUUAUACAACAAGUGCUCGGUGAUCUCGUCAAAGUUGCUCUUGAACAUUUAUUUAAUGUUUUGGCUCGUGUAGAUUUUUCUUCUUCAAAUCAUUCAACACAAGUAAUUGUUGAUUUGACUGCUUUUGAGGAAGCUUUUCAAGGAUUUGUGACAACGGAUAUGAGGUAG